ACUUCUUUUGAAUCUUAUGCAGCGCUUUAUAAAUUCCCAAGAAAUUUGAGAAAGUACCCAAGCCCAAUCGUCCACUUUUUAUGUCAAAAUACAACAACAACUGGGUCGUCAAUCGAUGAGUCGGGAACUCCAAUCACAUCGCCCAAGUGUGGACAUGUUCGCCUAUUCAGACUUGUAAAUUUAAAUGCCUCCAACACUUCUUUUGAAUCUUAUGCAGCGCUUUAUAAAUUCCCAAGAAAUUUGAGAAAGUACAAGCCUGCUCACCCACUUUUUAUGUCAAAAUACAACAACAACUGGGUCGUCGACCGAUGA